GGGCCGCGGCCGCCCGCCGCAGCGCCCGGCGCGCGCGGGCCGUGACCGGGUCGGGGCCCAUGGGCGCGCCGAGCCGGGCGCGGGGCCGCUGAGCGCGGGCGGGCGCGGCCGGGCAGCCAUGGACUGCAGCCUGGUGCGGACGCUCGUGCGCAGAUACUGUGCUGGAGAAGAGAACUGGGUGGACAGUCGGACCAUCUACGUGGGGCACAGGGAGCCCCCCCCAGGUGCUGAGGCCUACAUUCCGCAGAGGCACCCCGACAACAGAAUCGUCUCCUCCAAGUACACAUUUUGGAACUUCAUACCCAAGAACUUAUUUGAACAAUUCAGAAGAAUAGCCAACUUUUAUUUUCUUAUCAUAUUUCUGGUACAGUUGAUCAUCGACACCCCCACGAGCCCCGUAACCAGUGGGCUUCCGCUGUUCUUUGUCAUCACCGUCACGGCUAUCAAACAGGGCUAUGAGGACUGGCUUCGCCAUAAGGCAGACAACGCCAUGAACCAGUGCCCUGUGCAUUUCAUCCAGCACGGCAAGCUGGUGCGGAAGCAGAGCCGAAAGCUGAGGGUCGGGGACAUCGUCAUGGUCAAGGAGGACGAGACCUUCCCCUGUGACUUGAUCUUCCUCUCCAGCAGCCGCGGGGAUGGGACCUGCCACGUGACCACCGCCAGCUUAGAUGGAGAAUCCAGUCACAAAACCCACUAUGCCGUUCAGGACACGAAGGGGUUUCAUACUGAAGAGGAUAUAGACGGCUUGCACGCCACGAUUGAGUGUGAGCAGCCCCAGCCCGACCUGUACAAGUUCGUCGGCCGCAUCAACGUCUACAACGAUCAGAACGACCCCGUGGUGAGGCCCCUGGGGUCGGAGAACUUGCUUCUCAGAGGAGCCACGCUGAAGAACACCGAGAAGAUCUUUGGUGUUGCUAUUUACACAGGCAUGGAAACCAAGAUGGCAUUAAAUUAUCAGUCAAAAUCCCAGAAACGAUCUGCUGUAGAAAAAUCCAUGAACGUGUUCCUCAUUGUGUACCUCUGCAUUCUGAUCAGUAAAGCGCUGAUAAACACCAUCCUGAAGUACGUGUGGCAGAGCGAACCGUUCCGGGACGAGCCGUGGUAUAAUCAGAAAACCGAGUCAGAAAGACAGAGGAACCUGUUCCUCAGGGCGUUCACGGACUUCCUGGCCUUUAUGGUCCUCUUCAACUACAUCAUCCCCGUGUCCAUGUACGUCACGGUGGAGAUGCAGAAGUUCCUGGGCUCGUAUUUCAUCACCUGGGAUGAAGAAAUGUUUGAUGAGGACACAGGGGAAGGGCCUCUGGUCAACACCUCGGAUUUAAAUGAAGAAUUAGGACAGGUCGAGUACAUCUUCACGGACAAAACCGGUACGCUCACGGAGAACAACAUGGAGUUCAAGGAGUGCUGCAUUGAGGGCCACGUGUACGUGCCACAUGCCGUGUGCAACGGGCAGGUGCUCCCCGGCACCUUUGGCAUCGACAUGAUCGACUCCUCCCCGGGCGCCGGCACCAGGGAGCGAGAAGAGCUGUUUUUCCGGGCCCUGUGUCUGUGCCACACCAUCCAGGUGAAGGAUGACGAUGACGUGGAUGGCCCGAGGAAGUCGCCAGACUCGGGGAAAUCCUGUGUGUACAUCUCGUCUUCUCCUGACGAGGUGGCCCUCGUCGAGGGUGUCCAGAGACUUGGCUUCACGUACCUGCGGCUGAAGGACAACUACAUGGAGAUCUUAAAUAGGGAGAACGACGUGGAAAGGUUUGAAUUGCUGGAAAUUUUGAGUUUUGACUCAGUAAGAAGGAGAAUGAGUGUGAUUGUAAAAUCUGCUACAGGAGAAAUCUAUCUGUUCUGCAAAGGAGCAGAUUCUUCAAUAUUUCCCCGGGUGAUAGAAGGCAAAGUCGACCAGAUCCGGGCCAGAGUGGAGCGCAAUGCGGUGGAGGGACUUCGAACCUUGUGCGUUGCCUACAAAAGGCUUGUUCCGGAAGAAUACGAAGGUGUUUGUGCACUGCUGCAGGCCGCCAAAGUGGCUCUUCAGGACCGAGAGAGGAAGCUAGCGGAGGCCUACGAGCAAGUAGAGAAGGACCUCAUCCUGCUCGGCGCCACGGCUGUGGAGGACAGGCUCCAGGAGAAAGCUGCCGACACCAUAGAAGCCCUGCAGAAGGCCGGGAUCAAAGUCUGGGUUCUCACCGGGGACAAGAUGGAGACGGCAGCCGCCACCUGCUACGCCUGCAAGCUGUUCAGGAGGAACACGCAGUUGCUCGAGCUCACCACCAAGAAGAUUGAGGAGCAGAGUCUACACGACGUCCUGUUUGAGCUGAGCAAGACCGUCCUACGCCACAGCGGGAGCCUAACCAGGGACAACUUCUCAGGACUCUCAGCCGACAUGCAGGACUACGGUUUGAUCAUUGACGGAGCGGCGCUGUCCCUGAUCAUGAAGCCCCGUGAGGACGGGAGCUGCGGCAACUACCGGGAGCUCUUCCUGGAGAUCUGUCGUAACUGCAGCGCUGUGCUGUGCUGUCGCAUGGCGCCCCUGCAGAAGGCUCAGAUUGUUAAAUUAAUCAAACUUUCAAAGGAGCACCCUAUUACUUUAGCCAUCGGCGAUGGCGCCAACGACGUCAGCAUGAUCCUGGAGGCGCACGUGGGCAUCGGCGUCAUUGGGAAGGAAGGUCGUCAGGCCGCAAGGAACAGCGACUAUGCAGUCCCGAAAUUUAAGCACCUGAAGAAGAUGCUGCUCGUUCACGGGCAUUUCUAUUACAUCAGGAUAUCUGAGCUUGUGCAGUACUUCUUCUAUAAGAAUGUCUGCUUCAUUUUCCCUCAGUUUUUAUACCAGUUCUUCUGUGGAUUUUCGCAACAGACUUUGUACGACACUGCCUACCUGACUCUGUACAACAUCAGCUUCACCUCCCUCCCGAUCCUCUUGUACAGCCUGAUGGAACAGCACGUCAGCAUCGACACGCUGCGGAGAGACCCCUCCCUCUACAGAGAUAUCGCCAAGAACGCUCUGCUCCGUUGGCGCGUGUUCAUCUAUUGGACAUUCUUAGGAGUAUUUGAUGCUCUGGUAUUUUUCUUUGGUGCUUACUUCAUGUUUGAAAACACAACAGUGACCAGCAAUGGACAGAUCUUUGGAAACUGGACCUUUGGGACGCUGGUGUUCACUGUGAUGGUAUUUACAGUCACACUAAAGUUGGCGCUCGAUACGCACUACUGGACUUGGAUAAACCACUUUGUCAUCUGGGGGUCCCUGCUGUUCUACGUCGUCUUCUCCCUCCUCUGGGGAGGGAUUAUCUGGCCGUUCCUGAAUUACCAGAGAAUGUACUAUGUGUUCAUCCAGAUGUUGUCCAGCGGCCCUGCCUGGCUGCUCAUCAUCCUGCUCAUCACUGUCAGCCUCCUUCCUGACGUUCUCAAGAAAGUCCUGUGCAGGCAGCUGUGGCCCAGUGCCACAGAGAGAGUCCAGACUAAGAGCCAGUGCCUUUCUGUUGAGCAGUCCACCAUCUUUAUGCUCUCUCAGACCUCCAGCAGUCUGAGUUUCUAACGGAACAAGAGCACGAAACUCAAAGCAUCGGUCGCCGCUGCGCCGGGCACGGACGGGCCACUUCUGAAGGACCUCUUGCCACGGCCGAGGCGCCAUUAGCCAAGGAUAGGUAACCGUGUCUGCCACGCCGCCUGGCAGGCCUUCUGGGUGUGCUGUGAUCCUUCCAAACUGUCUGCUUUUCCUCCAAAGUUUUGCUGUGCCGUUUUGAUAACAAAGGUUCAUGAUGAAAAAAACAGAACAAAAACAUUUUUUACACACACGUGUUUCUGUCCCAGGUAAGUGACCUGCCUGAGCGUGUCUGGGCCGCACGUGGCCGUGCACUGCUCGUGUGCACACGCACAUGUGUGCCGUGGCCUUCCACGCGCGUUUGCGGGAUCCGCUCAGCCAGCGUGUUCAGUGCUUAGUUUGCCAGAGCAAAGCUCAUUCCUCGGCCUUGGUUGUGGAACGAGCUUCACCCAGAAGGUCUCUCAGGAAAGACCGUAUUUUGACAAGACGGUGGAAGAUUGCAUGGUUUGCGUGGGACGUUGGCCCAGGCAGACGUCCGACACAGGUGUCCCGUUGUCCGUCAGCCGCCCCCGGGGGCUGUGUCUGCCCCAGAGAGGCCCGGAAAUGCAGCCGCACUCACGACGCGCCCUGAGCCGGGUGUCUCCGGGGUGACAGGCACAGCCUUCUCUGCCCGGGGACGGUUAUUCCUGUAAGACCGAUUUCUCCCGGACUGCUUCCCCAGGCUCUGCUGCCCGGUAAACUUAACAACGGCUGGGUGAGGUUGCUGGCCUCCUUGGGCCGUAAGAACCUGCACACGCUGAGGUUGCCCGCGUGCGUGGAGGGGACCGUGGACCCCAGCCCCGGUCCCCGGGGCCUCUGGCAGAGGUUUCGCACAUGACGGAGCCAAGCGGGGCAGCCGCUGGUGGCCAGAAUGCGGUCACAUGGGACACGCACCGACCGUGUCUGGAACGGGAGGCCUGCGGGCAGCGGCAGAGCAGGCUGGGCGGGGUCCUUGGGGAGGGUCCCGGGACUGACGCUGUCCUCUGUGUUCUCCAACAGAGCACAUGCGUGCGCGGCCAGGACUACCUCCCCGAACUCACCCUCCUGGCCUGCCCGCAGAGCCCCAGCCCCUGGGCCGUGUGGCCGGGCCCGCACACAAAGCAGGGGACGCUGACGUGACCUCCCCUCGCCGGUCUCCUGCACAACCACCACCACCCCGGCCCUGCGCCCGAUGGGGGGACCGCUGGUGGAACCAGGACAAGCCUUUGAGAGCCGCACGUGUGUGCUUCUCCCCGCCCCCGAAGGAGGGAUGAGAACCACGGGACGUGUCUGGGACGCGUGGCUGGCAGUCGCCACCUCUCGUGGGGCUGGGGGCCCCCACAGCCUCCCUUGGGCAUUUGGUUGGGCUCACGCGACCCACUGCAUCCCGGGCCAGGGCCUCCAGCCCCAGACGCCGCCGGAGGAGGGCACCUGCGUGGAGGUGGGCCGUCGGCUCGAGCGGGGGUGGCCACACGGCCAACUGUCCGAGCACAGGGGCCUUGUCCUCCCCGUGGGGCGGGCCGGCCUUGCCUCCGUGCCUCCUUGUCCAGAGCGCUCCAGUCCUCGUGCUUCUGGAACUGGCCGGACCAGACCCUGGCGUCACCGUGCUCCUACAGCCUGUCGGAGUCCUGGACUGUGUCCUGCUUCUGUCCAAACCCGCUACCUAGCGAAGCUGCUUUCAGGGUCCUGUCCGACUCGGGGUUCGUCCCUCUGAGGGAGGACUAGCAUCCCCCGUGUGAAUCUGAGUGGUUCCCAUCCCCAGCUGCCCCUGUGGAGAAAAAACAUCGUGUGUGACGAAUGGAGAACACUGUCCCUUCCAGCCUUCCCAAUACGAGAUAGGAGCUGGUGUUCCUCACACCUCCACGGAUAGAGCCUCCCCGCGUUCUCUUGUCCAGAGAGCUUCCCCAGUUGUAGGGGAAGGCUGGUGGUCGGGGGCCGGGGGCCCGACCCUUCGAUGUCCUCAUGGAGAGGUGGCCUCCAGGGGCCACGUCCAUCUUCCAAAAUCUAUUUCAGGCCCACACAGGUCUGACGGUGAGGCGGUAUCUGAAUCCUGAGAAGCAGGAUUGCCGCCCUGGCCCGCUGCCCAUGGCCGAGACCCGGACCAAGCCCUGCGUGUUCUGUUGGAUAAGCGCUGUGUUGUGAUCCGCUGUCCAGGGCGUCAUUUGGGGUGGGCAGACCUUGAGGCUGCUGCGUUGACAGUCCCGGUCCCUUCUCUGUACUGCUGUUUGUUUCUAGAAGUGACCUCCUUGACGUAGCCUUAAUGGUCCACAAAGAAGACAUUUCAGUCUGAGAUUCAAAGUGUGGAUGUGGAAACGGAUGCCUUUUGAGAAAAACAUCGCCCGAAGCUAAACGACAAGCCGGCCCCUUGCCCGCUGCCGGGUUCCAGGCUGUGGCCCCGGCGACGCUGGUGAGUGAACACGGAGUCUGCUUCAGAGACGCUCCAUGCCGCAUAGGCAUUUUGGGAAGCCCAGAUUUCACAAUUUGUAUAAUGUUUCGCCUAUAAGAUAUUUAUUUGAACUAGGGGAUGAACUGACUGCGUACACAGAGUAGUUGGGGUAAGUCCAGGUGAAGUAGCAACAGCAAACCAAAGACCCGGAGAAAGGACGGGGAGUGCACGGGGGUCUCCGCCCUCUGCCCCGCGCGCCCCGCCCCCCGUCCGCGCUAGGCCCGCAGCAGUGGUGUGUGCAUUUUUACAGCCGUUUUUAAGAACCUAAUAUGGGUAUAAAUGUAAUACCUGUAGGGAGACAGAUUCUCUGUAUGUUUAGUUAACAAAUUCUUUGUAAUGUAUUUUUUUAGAAAUCUUAAAAUUGCCUUUGCGCUGAAAUAUUUUCAUAGCUGUUUCUAUCCCUUUAUUCAUUUAUUUGUUAAUAUACCACAUCUAAUUUUUAAAGUACGUUUUUAAAGCUUUUAUUUUUUAAGUUGAUGAACUUUUGGCCACUUUGCAUUUAAAUUCUGGUGGGCGUUUUGGCCGAGUAUCUCCAUAUCUGAUGAAUGUGAAGAUUCAGGUUUGAUUUUAUUCUCUACACCUGUGUCCCCGGCGGCAGUGAUUAGUUGAAGGCCUAUUUAGAGCACAAUAUUUCGCUUGCUGAUUCUUCACAGUUGAUUGCGAUUAUUGUCUGCUUUUUGAUUUGUUUUUCAUUUCCGUCCUUCGGCCUUAAAAUAGAAGCUUCUCGAGGGAUGGUUUGGUACCCUCUGAUAACGCACGUCUCGUUGGGAAAGUCGCUAACCCCUUGCGUGCUCCCAGUGUCUCUUACAAGGUUGUUAGGGAAUCCUCCGUGAGUGCGCCUGAUCGGUGACGCGGGCCCGGGGCGGGAGGUAGAGCGGCAGAGCCCUCCGGGAUGAGUGUGUGCGUGGGACCCAGUGCGAUCUCUCACCUGCACGAGUUCCUGUUUACUUGCCUUAAACUGACCUGAAAGCAAGUCCUGUCAACUGUGAGUGUUUGUUUUGGAAACCUCGUUCAGGACUGCCCACGUUAAUGAAUUGCCAACCCGUGAUCUCCCACACGGGUCCCAGCAUCUGGUUCCCAAGCCGCACACCAUCCCCUUCAGAGCAGGUCACACUAACACACAGGUGGUCCCCACCACGUCCCCGCCUCCUGUUUUCAGCUCUGUGUCCACUCAGGGCCACACAGUACGCGCACAUACAGGCUCCCUGGGCCCUGGCCAUCCUGCCCGCUUCCUGAGGGGACCCUGCCAGGAGCUCCAGGAACACAAGGCUUGAGCCUCGUGCCCUGAUAGGACACCGGAGGCGGGCACGGCAGCCCCGGGGGUGAGACGGGGCUGCGGAUGGACAUGCUGCAACGCCUCCUCCUUGGGAAGACCCCCCACGGCUCUGCCCUCGGGACAGGGCAGAGAGCAGCGUCCGGACCGUCCGAGCCGCGGGGCCUCUGCGAGCCUCCGGGAGCACCGGCCGGCCCUCUGCCGCGGGCGGCGGGCAGAAGAGGCAUCCUCCCGUUGGCAACUCCGGUGCGAACCCAGCUUGGCUAUUCCUGUGCAUUUGACUCCAUAGGGUGAACGCCGACCAGAUGAGCCCCUCGUGGUGGCCGGGCCUGCACUUGGGAAGGAGGCCCAGGCGCCCAGCUUCUGCAGUGACGGGUUCUAGAGUUGUAGUUUGGCCUGGUGAGAUUUUGCAGCUUUAAGUACCAAAAUGUCUCCUACAUGCUGUUCUAAUUAGUCUCAAAUUGUUGCAUAUCAACCAAAUGCCCAGUGCGGCCUAAAGGGAGUUUCCUGGCCUUUUUCUUUAAAACCACUGAGCUCACCGGUGUUGCACUGACCGGAGUAACCCAGUGCAAUUCCUCCUCCUUUCCUCGGAAAGCCGUUAUUUAUUUAACAGCUCCGCGUCACAUUUCCGUGUGCAGUUUCUUGCCUUCUACGUUUCUUUUAGAAGCUUCCCAUUUAAAAACAGGAAAAAUGUCAGUCGGCAAAUACAUUUUUUUGAGUUAGAGGGUAGGUGAAUGAGAAUGAGAAUCAUUCUGAUGUUGUCUAUAAACAAAGCUUUAAUGAAGAUGCAUCGGAAGUAUUACUAAAGUGUGAUUCUACUUUUGCAGAAAAUAAAGAUCAGUUUAUAUAGCUUUAUUUUUUACCUUAUCAAAAUAUACAGAAUUUUAAUAUGCAUAUAUUGUCUCUGACUUAAAACUAUGAUGUGUGUCUGCAUUGCCAUUUAAAAUGUCUAUUCAUUAUGUAAUGUGAUAAAAGAGAAUCUUCAAAAUGUAUUUAACAUGAAUGGUAUCUGUAGUUGUCAUCAUCAUAAAUACUGGAAUUUAUUUUUAAAUUAUUGAACAUAAUAGGUGCGGUUAAGGUAAUAAAUCAGCCUCCAGGUAGUCAGGUUUAAUUGAUAAUGAUUCAUUAACCCACUUUGAAAAAUUAAAUUGUGAUUAAACCAAAUCUUACACUUUGUAAAGUUUAUUUUGUAUGCUACUGUUUUUAACUUUUAUUUCUGUAGAUAAAAUAUGACUUAAUUAUAUCAGA